AUGCCAACCGAUAUCUUAUUUCUGAACGGUCGAAUCCUGACCAACGAGUGCGCAGGUCAUCAUGAUGAACCGACCUUCGCCGACAGCAUGCUAGUCAAAGAUGGCCAGAUUGCAGCGAUUGGAUCACAGGCCGAAGUAAGCGCCGCAAGCACUGGUGUGAACUUCGAAACCCGCGACCUGCAGCAAAAGACUAUUCUGCCAGGCUUCAUUGAUGGUCAUAUGCACCUUCUCCUCCUCGGCCAGUCUCUUCGCAAACUUGACCUAAAGCAUUGCAUGUCUCUGGAUGAUAUACGAUCGACUAUUCAUGAGUAUGCUGUUGCAAACCCAGAUGUCCCGACUAUUCUUUGCAAGAACUGGUUCCAUUAUAUGACGCCAAAUGGGGCCACAGCUGCAAUGAUAGACGAUAUUGAUCCACGACCUAUCUUCAUCGACGCAAGCUCCCAACACUCCUGCUGGUGCAAUAAUGCAGCACUGGAGAAACUUGGUGCUGCCGAUAUGCCAGAUCCUGCCGGAGGCAAGAUCCACCGUGAUGAGAAUGGAAAGCCUUCUGGGGUACUUGAUGAAGGUGCCAUGAUGUCUAUUAUCUGGCCAUACCAGGCAAUGUCGAGCCCGAAGGAAGAGCGAAUUGAGGCCAUGCGGGCUGGUAUUGCAGAAUAUAAUGCUGCAGGAUAUACCGGAUUGGUGGAGAUGGCCAUGGACGAAGAUGCAUGGGAUGCGCUAGUCACUCUGCGGGAAAGGGAACCCAAUCUUCCUAUGCGUAUCGCUGCAUACUGGUUGAUCAAGCCAAGUGAUAAACCCAAGGAAAACUCGAAGCAAGUUCAACGUGCUCUUGAGCUUUCACAGCAGUAUAACAGCACAACAAGCCCAGACCUCCGAAUCGUUGGCAUCAAAGUCAUCUGUGACGGUAUCAUCGAUGCGUGCACGGCCUAUUUAUCUGAACCAUAUGCCCCAGUGGACUCCCCUCCUCCUAUUUGGGUGCCGAAAGAUCUGGAUCUAGUUGUUAAGGAGGCAGAUAGCCAUGGCCUUCAAAUCGCCCUUCAUGCCAUUGGUGAUGGGGCGAUCAAAAUGGCAAUUGAUACGAUCGAGAACCACGCUAGCCCAGGGAGGCGACAUCGCAUUGAGCACCUCGAGCUGGCAUCUUCAGAAGAUGCAAAGAGACUCGGUGCUCUAGGCCUGACGGCAUCCAUCCAGCCGGUGCAUGCCGAUCCCUCUAUUCUUAGAGAAUGGCCUCGUCUCCUAGGAAAUGACCGAUGCCAGCGAGCAUUUGCGUAUCGGGAAUUUUCUGAUGCCGGGGCUUUGAUGGCAAUUGGAAGUGAUAGCCCUACCUCACCAUGGGAACCGAUGCAGAACCUCUAUGUUGCCACCACACGUCGCUCAUCGAGAGACCCCCAAUAUCCCGAUAUAGUGAACAAACAUUUCCAGCUGGGCAUGUGUGAAGCGGUGGUAGCUGCGACCGGAGGUGCCGCUAGAAGUGUGUUCUCAGAGAGACGGGUGGGUACGCUGGCCGCUGGAAAGAUGGCCGAUUUUAUUAUUGUGGACAUGGAGUGGGAUGCAUAUUCUCUUUUGAAGGCUUCGAUUAAGGAGACUUGGUACGAGGGAAGAAAAGUUUGGCAAUGA